CUGUUGAUUUUUUGCAAGAGCAAGAGAAGCGAGGCCUAGGAGGCCUAGGUGUUUUUGCGAUUUCGCACUGAACUGGGCUAGCUCAAUAUGGCUUCAAACAUUUCGAUUCCCCACCGUCUUCCUUUGCUUGUAGUAUCAGGUGGAAUUUUACUUCCUGGAGCAUCGAUGCGCAUUCCAGUUAAUACUCCACGCAACAUGAAUAUGGUGAAAAGUCGAAUAUUAAGGCACAAUACUCUAAGCAGCACCAUCAUUGGAGUUGUACCAAAAGACCCAGAAUUAAUGAAGGAUGAUUUGUCUUCAUUACAUCCAAUUGGCACUGCUGCAGUUGUUGUCCAGGUAACCGGUACAAACUGGCCAAAACCAGCUUACAGUCUACUUGUUACUGGUUUGUGUCGGUUUGGAUUGGAUAGCAUCGUGCAAGAAUCACCUUAUCCUGUUGCAGUGGUAAAUCAACUAGAUAAACUUCCUGGAGAGGAUGUUGAUUCUGAUUCAGCUGAACUUGGUGAUGUUGCUGAUGUGUUCCGUGAGCAAGCUAACGCAUUAAUUGAGCUUCUGGAUGUCACAAUGCCUGUAGUUAGGAAAUUGAAGCGGCUGUUGGAUAGCCUACCAGUGACAAGACUUCCAGACAUCUUUACAGCUAUCAUUAAAGCUUCUUACAAUGAAAAAAUAAAGGUUCUGGAUGCCGUUGAUAUUGAAGCACGCUUCCGCGAGACAUUGCCAUUACUGAUGCGACAGAUCGAGGGUCUGAAACUUCUUCAACAGGCUAAAAAAGGCAAGCAGGGCAAGCUGGACACUGAGGAUCACAAGAAAAAUAUCAGGGUGAUGGACUUCAAAAAAGAGCUACGCAAAUACCAGAAAAGUAUAAAUGACGAGGGUGAAGUGGAUGAAAUUUCUGAAUUAGAAGAAAAAAUAAAAUCAGCUUCUUUGCCUGAACAUGCCUUAAAGGCUGCCAAGAAGGAGCUAAAACGUCUGAAGAAGAUGCCUACAGCUCUUCCUGAAUAUGCCAUUACAAGGAACUAUCUGGAGCUAAUGCUAGAGCUUCCAUGGUCAAAGAACAGUAGAGAUGUCCUGGAUAUAAGUAAGGCAAGGCACGACCUUGAUCAAGACCAUUAUGGUUUAGAGAAGUUGAAGAAACGCGUUAUUGAGUAUUUGGCUGUCCGUCAACUCAAGAACACACUCAAAGGCCCCAUCUUGUGCUUCAUCGGACCACCUGGAGUCGGCAAAACCAGUGUCGGGAGAUCAAUCGCCCAAACUCUUGGUCGAACAUUUCAUAGGAUAUCACUUGGUGGUUGUUGUGAUCAGUCUGAUAUUCGAGGCCAUCGCAGAACCUACAUCGGUUCGAUGCCAGGCCGCAUCAUCCAUGGACUCAAGGUCGUUGGCACCAACAAUCCUGUUUUUCUUCUUGAUGAAAUUGAUAAAUUGGGUAAGAGUUUGCAAGGAGAUCCAGGCUCGGCACUUUUGGAAGUCUUGGACCCAGAACAAAAUAACAGCUUCACUGACCAUUACUUAAAUGUACCCUUUGACCUGUCACAGGUAUUGUUUAUUGCAACUGCCAAUAGUGUAUCUACAAUCCCUGCCCCUUUGUUGGAUCGCAUGGAGGUCAUCCAUGUUCCAGGGUACACUCAAGAAGAGAAGAUCAAAAUUGCUAUGCAUCAUUUGAUUAGCAAGCAGCUGAAAGAACAUGGACUGACUGCUGAGCAGAUACAGAUUCCUGAGGAUACUGUCAAGCAAACUAUUAGUCAGUACACACGUGAAGCUGGUGUUCGACAGUUGGACCGCAAGCUUGGAGCUAUUUGCCGUGCUGUCGCUGUCAAGGUUGCAGAAACCCGAUCCAAGACAUCACAAGAAGGUACAGAGAAUAAAGAUCUCCUGCAAAUAAAGAAUGAAACUCAAGAGAAUGUGAAUGGCAGUGACGUGCUGGAGAUGUCGCAUCCACCAGACAUGCCAAUUGUAAUUGAUGAAUUUGCGCUGAAAGACAUUCUAGGACCACCAAUCUAUGAGAGUGAGAUGUCCGAACGAUUGUCCCAGCCAGGUGUUGCUGUUGGCUUAGCUUGGACUGCAAUGGGAGGUGAAAUAAUGUUUGUUGAGGCAACUAGGAUGGAUGGAGAAGGGAGACUGACAUUGACUGGUCAGCUUGGUGAUGUCAUGAAGGAAUCUGCUAGCCUGGCCUUGAAUUGGGUCAGAAGUCAUGCUGUACAGUGUGGUAUAGAGACUAAACCUGGCACUGAUUUGAUGGAAAAUACAGAUAUCCACAUCCACUUCCCAGCAGGAGCUGUUGGCAAAGAUGGACCAUCAGCUGGUGUAACAAUUGUGACAGUGUUGGUAUCUAUCUUUACAGGAAGAUGUGUACGCUCUGACACAGCAAUGACCGGCGAACUGACCCUUAGAGGUCUUGUUCUUCCGGUUGGUGGUAUUAAAGAGAAGGUAUUGGCUGCACAUAGGGCUGGUAUAAAGCGAGUAAUUAUCCCCAAACGUAAUGAGAAGGAUUUAAUUGAAGUGCCUCAAAAUAUCCAGAAGAACAUGCAGUUUUCAUUUGCCAAACGUUUGGAAGAUGUUUUGCAAGAUGCAUUUGAAGGUGGAUUCCCCUCUAUGCAGGAUGCCACAGCUGCUGUUACCACCAACAGUAAAUUAUAGAUUAAUCACUGUCCAAUCAAAACCAACAACAACAGUGAACUAUGAAUCACUGGCCAAUCAAAACCAACAACAACAGUGAACAGUGAAUCACUGGCCAAUCAAAACCAACAACAGUGAACUAUAGAUGAAUCACUGGCCAAUCAAAACUAACAACAGUAUACUAUAGAUGAAUCAAUAUCCAAUCAAUACUAACAAAAGUGUACUAUAGAUGAAUCACUGUCCAAUCAAAACCAACAAAAUUGUUUCGAUUUCUGAAUUCAAGAUGGGAAAAGAAGAGCCUAUCUAGUGUAUUAAAUAGGCCUCAGUACUAGUACUGGACUACGCAUCGUAGUGCUACUAAACUAGGCCUAGCUAGUAGAAGUCUGUUUCAGUUACCGUAUGACUUGACGAUUUCUCAUUGUAUACUUUGGAGAUACGCUAAGACUGAGACCUUAGCUAGACGCUUGCCACAAACAUCCGUUUACUAUACAAAUUUCAGUUGUCCUGUGUGUGAGAGGCCAAGGCCUAGUUGCCUAUUGUUUUUAGAGCUAAACAAAUGCAAUGAUGUACGUCUAUGCUAUAUGCGUCAAGCAAAAACUACAUGUAAUAUAAUUAAUUAUAAUAUCCUAUUGAGAAUCCAUUUCUUUUGUGAAUUUUGUU